GGGCCUUUUGCAGGGUGGAGGCAGCACGCUCACAGCAGCCAGGACCUGUCACAUUACUCUCAGCUCAGAAGCAGGACGAAGGCACCUGAAUACAGGCUGUGAGUGAGUGAGGGUAACAGGAGUGCAGACGCCUCUGCUGCAGCCACAGAGUCCAACUCGGGAGAAACUUUGGAGAAACUUUUCCCUCUUGAGCGGAGGGGAUAGCAGCUGAGUGUUGCAGAGAUUGAGACUAAAAGUUGUCCAACUCUUUUUCAAGACUUUGGAUCUGUUUGGGAAAGAGACAGCACAAUGGAUCAGGAUGCUCUAAUGGACUAUGAGUAUCCAGAGCUGGAUUCUCAGCCAUCCAAAAUAGAAAGAGAGUAAGUGCAUUUUCAUUACUAUUUAAUCAGCUGUAGAUGAGUUCUUUAACAUUAAAAUAUCAUUGUUUGCUUUAAUCAUUUCUUGUGUAGUUAUAAAAAAUAGUUAAUGUCUGAUCAAAUUAACAACUCCAGACUGCUUUUCAAGAUAUUCAGCUACACUUGGCAAUUUUCUGUGCCAGUGCCAGUGUCAGUGUGAGGUCAUGUUUCUGUUCAGAUCACUUUCCAUUUUACAGUAGAGGCUAUCUCAUUUUCAUGCCUGGAGGAAGAAACCUCUGCAGGAAGUUUAGCUCCCGGAACCUACCGGAAAGUUUGUGCCAGUACUAUUAAGGUGUAAGCAAAACACAAACAUAAUGUGAGUGUAUUCAGCCUAAAAUAACUCAAAAAGUAAAGAUGCACCUCAUGAUGCCAUAAAAUGCCCCAGAAUUGUCACAGCAUCCAUCGUUUCUUCCGCAAUGCAGCAGGGCAUAUGAAGUAUUUUCAGUUAGCUCUUUAUUAGGAGUUUAGUGAUCUAGUGGUGUAGUGAUUAUUUGAAAGAGUCAUAAUAUUUACUAAUUUUUUUGAUGCCCAGAGUGAUAGAAAUACCACUAAAACGCCAUUAGACUGUUGGCAUGUUUGGUUAAUAAACGGCACUGUGUUGAGUUGUAGUCUGAAAUGCUUCUUUGGAGUCACAGCUGUCACAUAAUAAGUGCUGAAAUAUGUUUCUGCACCUCCUUUUGAAUUUGCAAAUCUUAAUUUAACCCUGCUAAAAUUUAAAAAUGGCCCGCCCUCCACAUGCUAAGCUACAAAUUCCCUCAUUGUUUGGACUGGAACGUGAUUACAGAGAAAAAUGUCAAAACAACCACUCAUGAGGCUGCUGUCUCUUACGUUUACAGAGACAGAGAUAUUUUCCUUAAAAAGUCUUGCAGCCCAGAAAACUUGAUGCAUUCGGCCCUCUCUGAGAAUCAGAGGUAUAAACCCCCCUAUGACCAAGCAUUCCUCCUCUCCCAGUGUACUGGAACGUGAACAUAGGCAUUUGUUGUUUUCCUGUGUCACGCUGAUACCAAUCCGGUUAAAAUGCAAAUCUCUGCAGCAGGAUUUCAGCUGUGAAGUUUCCAGCGACAAAUGGUCCUCACAGUGACGUGGGAAUGGUUUAGUGAGGUGGAGGACCACUCGGUGCCUUAAAUCCUUCAGUCUUAAGUUUUAACUUUGAUUGUUUUUCUCAUGUGUGAAUGUUUUGUUCCCUUUUUUAGAAUAAUCCUUCCAUGUGACCCUACUGCUGAUGACAGACUCUACCACAUAUGCAUCACUGCUAUAUCUGUAAGUCUGCUGUGCUUUAGACGAAUGUGACACACAAAACACUUCCCUGUCAUUUAUUCAGUUUACAGUAUCAUGACUUGUUAUCAGACAUACAGCAUGCUCUAGGAUUAGCCACACUCAGAUAUGAAGGUUUCCUUCCCAUGAUGGAGUCAGGCAGGUUUUGCAGUUAAAGUUACAACUUUUUUGCCACUCCUGUUGAUUGUUAGUGAGGUGUUUUUGACAGAUUUAGAUUAGCAAAUGAGAAAUUCAUAAUUAUGUCUCAUCAUUAAUUGUACAUUUUAGUUUAUGUUUUCUCCCAUCAUGUCUAGACAACGAUGUUUCCUCCUUCUUCCUUCCUUCUGUCCUGGUUCACCCAAUUUUGUACAAAGCAGCCUUCCCAUCCUUGUGUUUCCUAAACGUGUUGCAGGUCAUGACAGGUCACUGAACCCUCACCGGUCACUGAUCCUGACUGAUGACAGUUCAUUCAGACCACAUCCAAGGGGAGCACUAAUGAGACAUCAGGGUUCAGGGCUGCGUGUGGCAUCAAGUCAUUAUGAGUGUGAACCGGGAUGGACACUGAACACACCAGGGGAUCCACAGCGGCAGAUAAAGCUAACUGAUGUUUCUUUUCUUUGCAGUUUGUUAUCAUGCUGAUCCUCGCAGUGUUAGCAAGACGUACAAAGACAGGGUACAGACAAAAAGGACUACCGGGUUUAUUAAGGUGAGGUUUUAUAGUAAAAAUAACUUUACAGGAUCAGUCAGUAUCGUGGUGAAUGGUCCUGAUUGCUUUUAUAUGUUUCAUACUCAGUUACUAAGUCUAUGCAGAUCACUACUGUUCAAUUUUUUGAAGACAUGCAGUUCUGUUAAUCAUCCAUAUUACAUAUUUGAAGUGUAGACUGAAUCAAAUUUACAUAAUUUCAUGGAAAGGUUUUGAAUAAACUAAUAUGAUGCCAAUAAUUAGAGAGCUAAAAUUACUCAACUGGCACACGAGGCUGCCUGCAGUGUCUGCAGACAUUAUUUUUUAAUCUGCCUCGUGAGCUCAGGAAGAUUAUUUCAAAACGCCGUCAACUGGCCCAGUUAGUCAGCCGACCAAUUAAUCAGUCUACCUCUUAGUACUGCGUCAUUUCCAAAAGCACUUGAGCGAGUUUCCAACGGCGUCUUCACCUGCAAAAUCUUUAUAAUACCACAAACACAUUAAAAUUUUGUGAUUAUCUUAUAGACUCUUGAUCAGUUUGUCCCUGAAUCUGAUCAAAUGGAGAUCACUUAAGAUAUAUAUGACUGUGUGUUUUUUGAGGCUCGUGCUCAUUGGUGUUGUCUGCUCAGUAAUCCUAUCCUGCAUUUAUCAGUUUGAUGUAACCUCGAUGUUAACUUUCAUACUUAACUGACAGAAAGCAAAAACUGGAUUAAGUUAAAGUUGGUUAAAAUCUCUUCAUAUAUUCAACACUCUUAUUUUGUAGUGUGUAGGCCUGAAUCUUUAAAACCCGUGUACGGUCCUUCUGAAGUUUUUCAUUCCUACUCAAUAACCAUUUCAUCCGAAUGUGAGGCUGGUCACACGUGGGCUCUAAAUACCUGCCGCUUGAUUCCACAGUCCAGUCAACUUUCUGGAUCAUACGCAACACAAGGGCCUGGCAGUGGCUGUGUUUGGAGUGCUCCUGUGCAAACUGUGGGGCCUAGUGCUGUCGCCAAAUCCCCUCCCCUUUACGGCAGACGCAGGGAACAAACGUAAGGAGUUCAUCUUUAUUCUUCCUGAGCUAGAGGAUGAGGAUUAACUUCUGAUUUACAGUGUGUUAUUGUUGUUUAAGCAUGUUAUUCCCCCUUGUUUGAACAUUAGCUAACAGAGAGGCAGAUCAUAUUAAACUCCUACUUUUCUUUUUGUUAUUUGGCGCUAUGGAAUUAGAUCACUUGUUUUCAUAUUUCUCUUUCUGUGAUUAAGUAAUGUGACUGUAAAUCCAAAAUUUUUACCAAACUUUAGGGACAAGUCAAAAGAGUUAAGUUUGUUUUUUGUUUUUUUCACUGUUUGGGAGAAAAUUGGAUUUUUGUCUGGAAGUGAAGCAGAAAUAAUUUUAAGGGUUUCAAAUGGGGAUUUACACUUUUAGUCACCUGAAUGAUUAAAUCACCAGAAUUACCAGAAAGUCUGUCAAAUUGAUACGUUUUUUUCUCAAUUUACAAGGUAUUUAGUCGCUUAUGAACAUUUUAAGGUUUAAAUUGAGCAUAUUUUUCAUAUACAUGACACACUUUUGCUGUUUUUGCAGAAUAUUGGGUGAUCCUGGGAGUUUUCUACUACCCCGCACUAUAUUAUCCUCUCCUGGCAUGUGGCACUUUACAUAAUAAAGUGGGCUAUGUACUUGGUAGCCUUUUGUCGUGGACACACUUCAGCAUUCUGGUCUGGCAGAAAAUUGACUGUCCAAAUGAUCCUCUGGUAAGUUUAUAUCACGUCUUUUUCAUUUACCACCUCCAGUGCAUCUAUCACUGCCUCUACUGGACAGCAGAGUAUUUUUGAUGUUCAUGAUCGUUGGAUUAAAUUGUUGCUUUCUCUAUAAUGUGUCAUCUGAAUUAGCUUUGAGGAUUAUUUCUAAAACAAAGCUUGUUUGUUCUGUUUGGACCAUAAAGAGCUGGUAUUGAAUGGAUGUAGAAGAUGAGAUUUAAAGAGGUGAAUGUCAGGGUUUUUCAGCCUGAUUUGUGGUCAAAUGGAGGCAUUAAAAACAGUUCUACUGUCUGUUGAGCUCAAUCAAGAGGCUUCGUCACACUUAAUCAGUUUAGUGUGAGAGACAGAUGCCCAGAUUUUUUAUAGUUAGUCCCUUUUUUAACCGUGGCUGUCCUUUUAUUCCACCAUGACCCGGCACACACCAAAUGCUGCAGGGGGGGUAAUUACGCUGAUCUGAAAGGAUGAGUUUAAUCCCAUAAAGACAAAAGAAUAUAUUUAACUGAAUAUCAUAAUUAGCACUGAAACAUAAGGUAUCAUUAAAAUCAUUAAAAUUUAAAAUCAUUGAAUCAUUAAAAUUUAGUCAAUUCAAGGCUCGGAUGUUUAUGUUGAGUUUGAGAUCCACAUUUGGUGGAUACCCAAAGUCCAGCUACAACACACAAGGACUUUUGUUUGUCUGCUUUUUCAGUCAACACAGUGUGGUUUUAAUGUGUAUAGCUCCGAUGUCUCUUCAAAACUAAGUUGCUAGGAGCUUUAAAGUGUCUUUUAUCCCUCUCUUUUCUAGAUACACAAACACUUCUCCAUUUUCUCCAGCCUGCCCCAGAUAGCUUGCUUGGCAUUCCUUAGUUUCCAGUAUCCCCUGCUCCUAUUCAAGGGCUUAAAGGGUACUGAGAAGAACAAUGCUACAGAGGUAAGUUCUGAUCCCAGAAUAGUUCAUUUACUAUGCCAGCUUUGGGACUAUGCGUACCCUAUAGCACUGGUUGUUUGCCGUCCUUACAUAACAAGGUGCAUACGAGUUUAUUCGUAGUAUAUGUAAGCAUCAGCCGGAGUGAUUAAAAACUCUCAUUUCUCCUGAAUCUGUGCACGUGGUGAACCUUCAUAAGCCGCCUGGUAGAGAAGGGGCUUACCGCCGCUCGCACAGUCUAGGCUGAGUCCAAAGCAGCGUGCAGGUUUCCUAAUCAUUUUUAAGUAGAUUUGACGUAAUUGGUUUAGGUUAUGUUCUAGAUCAGAUUAUGAAAAGGUUGCCUUGUUUUUUUCCCCCGUAGGAGAGACAAUGCUGUGUUUAUUUGAUGCUAAUCUCAGUGAGGGUGUGGAAAAGCUGGGGCAAGGUGGUUUGCUCCCCUUGUCUGCUUCCCUCAACAGGAAUAUGUCAGAUAAUAAAUCUGCACAUAAAGUGAUUGAAAUUCAUGUGUGAGCUUUAUAACAAGAUUUUGAUUAAAUAAUUGUAAUACUGAUACUAAACUAGGUAACAUUGUCUUUUGGUGAAUUUAACUGUGCAAUUCUCAUAUGUGUGAUACAUCUACUGUUCAGUGUGCGCUUAUGUACACAUUGUGAGUUCUUGAACAGAUUUAUUUUGUUGUUUUUACAUUUAUACACUAUUAAUGCUAUUGCUGCUGUAUCGUUGUGGAUAUUGUGUGCAACAUUGAGGAUAAAUAGAGUCUCAUUCUGGUUAGUUCCAAUCAAAACAACAGCUUAUGCCACAUCCCGCAUGACAGCUCAUCUAUCAACAACUAAGUCCAACAAAAUUGAUCAGAUGAAUCACUUUGUUCUGGCCUGUUUAGAUGUAAUUGUUGCUCUUGUUUCUGUCAGGAUCUCAGCAGCAGCUACUACAAAGACUAUGUGAAGGAACUGCUAAAGAAGAAACCCUCAAAAAUCAGGUGAGUGUCGUCGCAUGUCGUCAGUGACGCAGCUUCUUUGCAACGUGUUUUGUUUGUCUUUCCCUCUUCUUUGGUCAAAUCUACUUUGGCUUUGCUCAAUACAGCUGGAGAGGGAGCUCUGAUUUUCCAGAAUAAGAGGCUUGGAUUAAACUUUUUUGUGAGAGAUGUUGCUCCACUGGGUGUUUUACAGUUGAGCUUUUAACCCCAACUUACAAGUAGAGGAUGUUUGUUGAAACAACUCAAUAAGUAUGAGCAGUUUCUGGGGUAAGGAGAAUGCAUCUGAAAUACUUUUUUAUCUGUUAUUGUCAUGUUACAAAAAUAUUAAUAUUACUUUUAAAGUGAAGAAUAAAAAGAUAAAUCAAGUAAAUAAACAAAAUCGUACAAAACAGCAUGAAGCUGGCAGCUACCUACCGUUACAUUCACAGAUCUCAGCACAGGUUUUCAGUCUACCUGUUGGGCACUGAUGCCUGACACAACACCAGUGCUAACUUUGUGUACAGGUGUGCUCCCUACAGGCACCACCAGGGGGAACCUUAGGUAUCACCUCAGCUGACCCGAUUGGACCAUCAGUUACGGACCACAAAACAUCAACAUUUUGGGUCUCUAACCCCAGUAUAACUCUCUGUCAUGCUCUGCUACUCAAGCCCCUCAAUAGCCCUUAAAUAUUCUGUCAACUAGAAACCCAAAUUUGCAAUUUCACACCCAUUAACAAAGAACAUUUGACUCUUUCUGUAUAAAAAUCUCUUUUUUGUUUUUUUAAAUUCUAUUUGGUGCAGGACAAAUUGGCUUACAGAUGCCCGAACGUCCCCAGGUUUCCCACAUUAAGUAAACAGUGGUUGAAAAAACACAGAACGUUAAACUUGUACCCGCUCGCCUUUUUGUUUUAGCACAUCAAGCACAGAGACACCAAAGCUCCCCCAAAGAAUAAUGGAUGCUGUGAAGUCGUACAUUUAUACACCAGAGGAAGGUAAAUGUUUCAUCUCAGUGUUGUGUCUGGACAUGAUUUUUAGCGUAAUAUCUCUUUAUAUUUUCAUAACAUUUACAUGGGUUUUUUUUCUUCCUAACAGCUUUCCGUUUCCCUCUGAAGUUGGCCGUCUCUGGUGUUGUUUCAUUCAUAGCAGUUUAUCAGGUAACUUCCAAAGACUGUAUGACUGAAGAAGUGGUUCAAAGCAUCUGUUAUAUUUCUGCCUCUUGUUGGUCUUUGGUUUUUAUUCAGACAACUAUCAGGUGAUUCAGAGGACAGAUACACGCAUUUGUCUUCCAAAUUAUGCUGGACUGUACACAACCUAAUAGUUGGUAACCAGCUGUAGAUUAUCCAUGUACAAGAAGCCCACUUUCAGUUUCUGCAUCGGUGGAUUUGAUUCCAUCAGUCACUUCAUGUCCUGAAUGUGUUGGGGUUUUUUUUGUUUUGUUUUUUUCAGAUGGGUCUCCUGCUCAUCUCAGGCGUAGUGCCAACUUUCCAGACUGCCCGUGCAGGAGUCGAUGAAGAUUUCGCCAACGUUUUAAUCGGCUUCAAGAUAGAGCUAGCCCCAGAAAAAGAUGAAGUGGUCAGGAUUGUGGUUUAUUACAUGUGGUGUGUGGAAGGUGAGUGGAACCAGAAGGCCUUUCAUUGAGUCCCAUUAUUGUGCUUUAACAAAACAUCAUAACUGACCUGAAUACUUGUGCUCUUCUUCCUGCAGUGUGCUAUAUUUCAGCGAUGACCUUGUCCGUCUUGGUCAACCUGGCAAUGCUCAUGCGCUCCAUGGUUCUGCAUCGGUAUGUGUGGGAGCAGAACAGCGUCAAAUCUUCUUUGUUUUUUUUGUUCUUUAUUUUCCUCCUAAAGUUUAGAGAGACGGCUCCUCUCAUUAUAAUGAGGUGGCUCACAGAGGAGUUGUUAUAACAUAAUAGAGUACUAAUCAUGCAGACAGUUUCUCAGCCAACUGCUGCUGGAAUUGAAAAUGUCUAUUAAGAUAAGAAAUGAAAUACUGCGCCAUUACCAUAAAUUACAGCCUAUUAGAAAUGGGUUUCUGCAUCGUUUAUUGGAUUUUGGUCCAUCCCAUGCUGAAUUACCCCUCAAAUGAACUGUUUUUUUUACAUUUAAUGACAAAUCAUUGUAAGUAUAGGAUGUUGCUGCAUUGUUUUCACUGUGUUUUUGUUUCUUUAGGUCAAAUCUUAAGGGGCUGUACCGAGGGGACAUUUAUAACGUUUACAACUGCCAGAGAAGCAUCCGGGCUUCACGGCCGGCACUCGUCUGCUGGAUGGGAUAUACAAGCUUCACAGCUGCUCACAUCUGCAUUGGUAAAGUUACAGUUUUAACACUAAAGAACUGUAGUUUGUUUUGUCAUAUUAUUAUUAUUAUUAUUUAUUUAUUUAUUUGAGUGUAUAAAAGGCCAAAUGUUUUGUUUAAUCAAUUGCUGUUUAGUCGCAUCAGUCAUAAUUUCAACACAAGGCAUGCUUCAAAUGGUUAUUUCACACUUCCACUCACCAAUACUUACUCUGGACAGCGUACUGUCAUGUUUAGAGGUAUGAAAACAUGGAAUAGUCUUCAAUCUGUCAUCACAAGGUUAACCAGUAAACGUGAUUAAAAAGGAGGUCUACCAAUAUCUAAUGACCCAGACUCACUGAAAUAAGAAACAGAGCACCUAGACCAGGCUGUGACAACAUACAGUACAUGCCAAUGACAUUUUGAUUUCUAGUACAUUUAUCUUGGCCUUUAUUGGUGUCUAUUGUAUUUGGGAAUGUAACGUCAUCGUUAUUCUUGUUUUAGUUAUGAUUUUAACAUCUUGUAUAAUUCUCCUGUUUGGACUUUUAUCGUUUUAAUCCAAACGAAUGUUUACUGUCUUCUUGCGGACCUCAGGAAGAGUAGCUGCUACUUCGGUAUUAGCUAAUGGGGAUCUGAAUAAAUAAAUAAAUAAAUGACAUUAUUCCUUGUCUUAUUUUCCUAUUAGUCAAUUUGAUCACCUUUGCAACGCUGCUUUUGAUUUUAUUUUUAUGCUUAAAAUUUUUGUGCAUACAUUUGUUUUAUUUGUACUCUACCCUUACAUAGAUGGAUGCAUUUGCAUAUAAAAGUUCUGCAAAAUAGUUGCGUGAGCUCCUCAGUUUAACCAGAGUCAUCCCUUCUGUUUCAGCUAUUUCUAUUACACUGAAAGUUCUCUGUAUCUUCUCCAGUUUCAUGUUUAUAGGUGUGUCUCUUUUGUGUGGUCACUUUGAUCUCUUCUCUGCAGCUAUGAUGAUCCAAACCUUAGUGUUCUUCCUCUGCCUCCUGGUCACCGUCUUCCUCAUCAUCAUACCUAUUCUGUACGGGCAGAAUCUGAUCCUCUUUAAGAUCCUGUUGAGCAUGUGGUGAGCAUCAUCACUCGGCAGCAACUCUUCUGACCUUGUAUCACUAAAGAACAGUUGAAUUUAAAGACCUUUCUCUGCAUCACUGAAAAAUAACGUUGAUUUUCUCUUUUUAGGCCCUUCUGGCUGAUGAUUAUCUUGGCUGUAUUGAUUCAACACAUCACCAGCAGGUCUUGUUUCAUCAAAAAAACAGGAGGCACUCGGGACUUAGACAACAGGUAACCAUCUGUAAUUGUUGCCGUUUUUCACUUUGUCAUAUAUUUCUGGCGUAGUUCUGUAUGUUUAAAGCUCUCUAUCAAUCUGUUUUUCCUUCAGGGCUAAUCUGUUCCUGCUAACCUACCUGCUGUUUCCAGUCAAUGUUCUGAUCGGGGUGCUGCUGGCUGUGUGGCGAAUGAUCAUCACGGCUCUGUACAACAUCGUGCACAUGGGACGCAUGGAUAUCAGUCUGCUGAACCGAAGUGUGGAGGCUUUUGACCCAGGUGAGACAGAUAUUCUCCACUCUACACAGAUGCACAGAUCAGAACAGCAUCAAAACUUCGAGUUCACCAUCAUCUGCAGCAAAGUCCUGUCUUUUUAAUGAAUGGCGAGUCUAUUGGCUCUCAGACACGCAUUAAGCUCUGGACUCACAUGCUUAAAUAUUCAUCAGUGCUUUGAUAUUCAUUCCUCUAUUAAAUUUUACAUUUUCCGUCAAGUCUGAGUCACACAAUAUUAGUGUAUUCGGUGGCAUUAACAUCUUGCUUUUACCUUUGUAGAGCCUCCGUGUUUUUUCGAUAUUUCACUUUCACUUUGGAGGCUUAAAGGGAGGCAAUUUUCUAUGAACAAAUGCACUUGUACUGAUCCCACUUAGAGGCCAGAAAUGGAUAUCCUAUCCACUUUACCCUGCCUGUAGCUCACUGCAGCUCCCAUUAGAUCUGUAUUCUAUGUGCACGACACCAAUCUCUUAAAUGGCGGCAGAUUUAAGACAUCUGUCAUAUGGAAAAGCAGGUGGUUUGAAAAAAAAGUGUGAUUGUAAGGCUAUUAUGUGUGAUUGCUUCGAAGCCACCACGGGGCGCAGUCCUUCGUGUUUAUUGCUUCUGCCCAGUCAGUGACCACCCCACCCCACCCCUCUCUCUCUCUCUGUGUCUGUCUGCAGCCUACCGCUGCUAUGCUCAUUAUCUGAAGAUUGAGGUGAGCCAGUCCCACCCGGUGAUGAAGGCUUUCUGCGGGGUGCUCCUGCAGUCUGUGGGUCAGGACAGCAACUCUGCACAGAGGUCACGGGAUGCCGAAGAGGGUCUGUACACACAAAAUUCACCUUUAAAAUAAACAUACUCUUCUUAUUUGUAGGAAAUUAGAUUCAAAUUACUGAGUCGUGUGUGUCAAAUGUACAAAAAUAGUAAGCUGACUCGUUUCUGCUUUUUAAUUUCAUUUCAACAAACCAAAAAAGACCAAAAUCAACUUUUACGCAGGGUAACAGGUGUGGAUUGAAAAUAAACUACUGUGUCCAUGGUAUAAAAGCAGCUUUAGCCACAAAUCUGUUAGGAUAUCUGACAGUUUCUGAACAGUGGUAGAGAAUCAAGGCUCUGGGUUUAGAGAGAACAGUUCAGUGUGGGUUUUGCUGUUAUUAUUGCAGUAACGUAAAAAAAGAGAAUCUCAAGCCUUCUCCUCGAAAAAAAAACAAACUGUGGAUUCAUUUCAACAUUAAAGUCAGCAGGACGUUUUUUAAUUUCUCCGGGGAGGUUUAGCAUUCAGCAGCGGGUCACUGUAACACAUAAUCAGAUCAUAACACUGUCUUGCACGCGCAGGAGAAAUGAGAGCUUGGCGGGUCUGAUUUAAUAUGUCAGGAACAAAUUGAGUCUCACUGUGGAAUAAUUUACAGCCCUGCUGCUGGUCUCAAUCAGAUCUGUCAUAAACUAAUCAGCUGUUCUUAUGGCUCGCUCACACUCACUGGAGCCCUCAGCCCCUGUCACCCAGAGACGAUUUAGUGCUGUAGACUGGUAACACUUAUACAUCUUAUUUACUUAACUUAUACACAUGUGGUCAUGAGAUAGAGCCUUUGUAGAGUAUUUGAAAGAGAGAAACAGGCGGAAAAAUAAAUCCAUUUCUCUUUUAUCUGGUUCUACGUGUUGCUUGCUUGCACCCUGAGAACAAUGCAUUAUCAGAAUAAUCUUUUGUAUUACAAAGAUUAACUCUAAGUAGCUGAUUACACAGAUGAGCUAUGCUAAUUGCCUGUUUGGUAUUCAUGUAGCCCAGGGGGUUUAAGCUUUCAGUGCGUUAAUGGCGAGCUCAAUAUGCUCCUACCAUGCUUAGAGGAUUAGAUUAUCACUGCUUUCUAUUAUUACUCUCUCUGUAACAAGAGGGUCUCGGGUGGCCUCAAAAAGAGUAAAAAAAUCACCUUCCAGUUGAGGUUUUGAUAAAAUGCGUAUAUGACAUACCAUCGGUGCUAUCAUUAGGUCUGUGUGUCCUCAGGGAUCCAGCUGGUCCAGCAGGAGAAAAAGCAGCACAGAGUCUCCAGCGCCAAAAGAGCCCGUAGGCACUGGCAGCUCCUCUACACGCUGGUCAACAACCCCUCCCUGGUGGGCACAAGGAAGCACUUCCAGUGUCAGACCGCCGAGAGCUUUCUGAAUGGAAGUCUGAACCGCAGCGCCAAGGAGGGGAGCAACAAGGAGGCAGGGGCUGCUCCCACCAACUGAACGCUGACAUGACUUAAGAUCCGCUGUAGACCCUGUUUGUGUUUAAGGAAACUCUACAGUCCUACUAUGCUCAUCCUUACCUGCUGUAGAUGUGGUGAAAAAAAAGUGCACUUACAGGUCAGUGCCACAUGUAGAGGUAUGAACCAAGCCUUACCUGUCUGCAGACUGGGAGUCCUCUUUGUGCUCCAGCUUGUUUUUGUAUGUUUGGCCCACAGUCUGUAGUGUGACGGAGGUUCGUGUGGCACUGGCCUCCUGUUCAAGACACACUCUUAAUGUGUCGUUUUCAACACGUUCAUGUGCUUACUUUGGGUUAUCACUCGUUUUGAAAUAUGUUAGCGUUAUCGAAAAGUAAAAAUAAUGCUAAUUUGCAGUUUCCCAAAUGAACACAUGGAUGUGCACUUCACUGAAGCGUCCUUUUAAAGAGGGUCUUAAAACUUAGAGCAUUUCACUAUUUAUAAAUCCACUCAAUGAGCUGUUUUCAGAAGCUUGGUAAUGAAACUAUUUUUUGUUCAGUUGUAAACAUUUUGUGAAAUUAAAACCUGUGGAAUAUUUGAUCUGUCAGACAAAUGAGACGGUUUGUAUGAUCUGCUUUAUUUGUAGAUCUUGAAGGUAUGAACCACUUGCUGCUGUCAGCAUUUUCUAACUUUUUGUUCAAACCCUUUUCUGGUUUCUGAUAUUCAUCAUCAUCAUCAUCAUCAUCAUCAUCAUCAUCAUCACAUUGUCUGUGUCUAUAUUUACAUUUAAAAUGAUGACUUAUGUAAAAAUAUGACUGUUUAAAUUUUCCUUCUGAUCGCUGUGAAAAUAAAACUGAAACCAAUU